UUGACUGUUCGGGACACACUCUUCUCACGCUGCUACUCUGCUGCGGUUCUGCUCUUUCAGUGUCUGCGGGGAUGGUGGACAAGCUUCAUGUUAACGUGGACAUCACAUCCGACGUAGUAUGUCCAUGGUGCUGGGUGGGAAAGCGGCAUCUUGACUCAGCAAUCGAAACACUGUCCGGAGAAUUCGAGUUUCACGUCCACUGGAAGCCGUUUCUGCUUAACCCGGGCAUGCCCGACGAGGGAGAGCCUCUGGAACAACAUCUCAGGAAGAAAUACGGCGAUGCGGCAAUUCAGCGUUUUCUCUCCAGCGAUUCACCACUGAAGCAAGCCGGAAGGGCCGUAGGGAUAUCGUUCAGUCCUAAUCGCAUGGUGGUGCCGACCAAGAAAGCCCACAUACUGUUGGCACAUGCAGCAAACGAAGGAAAGCAACACCAACUUCACGAGAAUUUUUUUAAAGCCUACUUUGCCGAUGGGCUGAACAUCGUGGACGAGGGAGUUCUGCGAGGUCUGGUGGAGAAGACAGGGAUGAAUGGAGAGAAGGCAAUGGCAGCUCUGACCAAUCCUGAACUGGUCUCAACAUACGAAGAGGAGGUCAGGGAGGCCGUCAGAAAAGGGAUUACUGGAGUGCCGCAUUUUGUGAUAUACCUGAGAGACAGACCAGGAAUGAAGCAGGCAUUGUCUGGAGCACAGCCCAUCGAGACUUUCAUUGCUCUUUUUAAACGCCUUAGGUUAAUGCCAAAAGUAUAAUGAUGUAUAAUUAUACAAAAUCAAUGCGCGCGCAUGCGUAAGCGAGGUCACGUGUGGCUAUGUGACGUCAGAACGUCGGCGUCUUCUUUUCUUUCGGUCCGGCUCCACGGCAGUGUCAGUGGAGAUUUCGGGCUCUGUUUUAGCGCGGCUUCGCUUCCUCUUCUUCGACGGUUCUUUCUCGCUCUCCUCUUGUUCAAGCAAAGCUUCCUGUAGCCCGUAGAGCCUCGAGUAGUCUUCGGUCGACAGAAGCUCAGUCACGUGACGUCGCCGCAGAAAGUCUCGGACGCGCUUCCCUGCAUCGACGGCAGACAAAGGUUCCUCCUUGAUCACUUCAGCAUUCACUUGCUCGCUACUCCAGCCAGACGACAUCUACUUUGCAACUCUGAUGCGGCACGCUCGUAAACCAGUUCCAAACGGGUUAAAAUUUUGAUAGGGCGCACUAUUUGGAAUUUAUCCAACCAUGUAUGCUCGAGCUCCCUCCUCGCAAAAGAGGAGAGGAGCUGUGAGGCGACCUGGCGCCGCUCGCAGGCCGAGCAUUGUAACCACGCCUACCGGACUUGGUCGGCAGAAGCAGCUGUCCAGUGCAGCUGCAUUGCGAAGGGCUCGAAAGCACUCUACGGACGGAGCAAAGAUCGUUAGCCCAGGGGCAAACCCCUUCCACAGAGCCUCUUCCAGACUGCAACAGACCAAUCAGAUUCCGGGAUUAAGAUCAUCGUCUGUAGGAAUGACGUCAUCUGCUGGAAUGACGUCAUCUGUCAGCAUGACAUCAUCAUCAUCGCUCGCCCCGAGUGCCCUGACUGGUUCGGGAAACCCGUUUCUUGCUCGAC